AACAUGGCGGAUUCAUCGGCGAAAGAUAAGCAAGAAAGUUUAUUGCCAAACACCGGGCAGUUGCCAUUGAGUUCGAUCAUUCCAGCUAUUGAAGAGGCAAGAAAGUAAAGGCCUCCCUUUGUUCCGUCAGUUGAACUCCCAAAUGUAAUUAGAACUCCACAGGAACUUAUGGUGGAAAGAGGCAUGGAAAAUUGUGCUUUCAAGUCGGUUUUAGCCGGAGUUGUAGGUUAUGGACUUGGUGCUGUCUUUGGUUUGUUCACUGCUGGAAUGGAUUCUUCCAUGCCAAACCCUAUGACUGGGGUCCCUGAUCAGUCAGCCAAAGCCAUUUUACGGGACAUGAAGUCGCGUGCAGUGUCAUAUGGCAAAAAUUUUGGUGUAGUCGGUCUGAUGUUUUCUGGAACAGAAUGCCUAGUUGAAUCUUUUCGUGGAAAGAGUGAUUGGAAAAAUGGCACUCUGUCGGGUGGUAUCACAGGAGGUCUCAUUGGGCUCAGAGCUGGUGGUAAAGCAGCUGUGAUGGGUGCCCUUGGAUUUGCAGCAUUUUCCACAGCUAUUGAUUACUAUCUUAGAUAACAGAGACUUAUAAGGAAUGGAAAGAACAAAGCAGAAUUGCUGUUGAGAUUUCUGAUUUCCUUCAGACUUUUCAUCUAUGAUCAUUGGAGAGGAUUUUGUGAUGAGCUAUACAGAAAGUGUGCUGUAGCUUCUUUUAAAAUGCUUUUGAUAAAGGUACAUAAUUGACUGUGGACUGGAACCAUCAAUCUUUAUGUUAUUGGAGAUUUCUCAUUAUGGGCCUUUCUCGUUCACAGAAGUCUCUGUUAGUUUUGUUCAUAGAGAUAUCAGGACCUCACCUCCAAUAACAGAACUGAUGACCAUGUGUGACUACAGAAAGAAAACAGAAAUGAUGAUGAAAAUAUGUGUGGCUUGCACAACAGCUGGUUUACAGGAUCACUCCUUUUUUUAGUAACAGUCUCAGUAAACAAAGCUGGGAAGCCUCAGUUAAUUCCCAACUUGUUUCCACUUAUUCUGAUAGAGAUCUCUAAAAAUGAUAAAUUCUCAAACAGACAUGCUUUGAAAGAAUAUUUGAAAUUAAAAGAAUCCCUUUAGCUUUUUUUGUGAAAAGCAAAAUAAAGUUGGAUAAUUGUAUAUAAGAGAGGAACAAGAUAUACUUUUUGUCAUUCCCUUUAAUCUUUCCAUUUACUAGUUUCAUUCAUGAACACAUUGGUACCAGUGUUAAUGAAAAUGUAAUUUAUUUCUGGACAUAUUUAAAGUAUAAUAUUACUUGCAAUCUCUUUAAAUUUUAGCCCUCUCUAAACUUAAAUUUAUGACAAAUAUCAAAUUUUCUGGAAAAUUGUAAUUUUUUAAUUGUCUUUGCCAUUUAAAUGGUUUUUAUUCAUUUGAAGAAACUUAAAACCUCUUUCAAAAUACAUGGUGAUCAUAAGUAACUUGAUUAAGUCACAGUGGAAUGGCAAUAUUUCUCAACUCAGGAGAUGACGAAUUUGCUUUGGAGUAUGGGAAGAUUAAAAAAAUCAGUUUUAUAACAUAACCAAAGUAAAGCGCACGCUCUGAUUGGUCAAUUUAGCGUCCCC